UUAUCUUGAGGAGACCUCAUUCAGGUUUCUCAGUUCGCCCCUAUAAAAGGCCGUCGCGACGUUCUAACUUCCAAAAAUUCGUGAAGUCUGCGUGCAACCAUGGGUGUCUUUCCAGUGCUAAUUCUAAUUAUGAGCGUGCAGUUUUCCGCUAAAGUGCAAAGUGCAUCGAUUUCAAGUGUUAAAGUUGUCCGCCCACCGCCUGCCAAAUAUGCCAGCAACUCAAAAUUUCCCCAUUUCCUUCCGGAGUCCUUUGAACAGUGGACCGACGACAGUGAUGACAACCUGUGGGAGCAUACCGGAUAUUUGGAGGGUGACAUCAUGGCCUACGCAGGGGAGGACAGAAAUGGAAUUUUGAAUAAGACCCUUCGGUGGCCAGAUGCCGUGGUGCCGUUCUAUAUCGAUGAGGACGAUUUCAGUAAGGAUGAAAUUGGGGUGAUCAUGAAAGCUAUUGGCGAAUAUCACGAGAAGACAUGCAUUAAGUUUCGAUCGUACACUGAAAGUGAUAAGAACUGGAUUCACAUAAAAGGCGAUAGGAGCGGAUGUUGGUCCAGCGUUGGAAUGCACAAAGAAGGACAAGUGGUGAAUCUUCACACCCCCAAAUGCGUUCGACAUGGAGUUGUGGUUCAUGAGCUCCUUCACGCUCUGGGUUUCUUCCACCAGCAAAGCGCAACAAAUCGAGACGAAUAUGUGAAGAUCCAUUGGGACAACAUUUUGCCAGGGACUGAGCAUAACUUCAACAAGUACAACGAAACCAUUGUCACGAGCUACGGAAUAGGAUACGACUACGGUAGCGUCAUGCACUACAGUGGAAAGGCCUUCUCCAAGAAUGGCAAUCCAACAAUUGAGGCUCUGCAACCUGAUGUCGAAUUGGGACAACGCAAGGGUCUGAGUGAAAGGGACAUCGCAAAACUGAAUAAAAUGUACAGGACGAGUUGUGAUAGGAACAGCAGCGAGAGUUCUGAAGAUAACUAUGACGAUUUUUUCAAAGAUUUGAUUAAUUUGUUUGGGUAGCCUUUUUGGGUCUUGACAGUUUGAAGUUUUCAUUGACCCUCAUGCUAAUAAUUGGAUACCCAUAAAACCACUACGACGAAAAAAGAUAUUUAUGGCCAAAUUCCCAAUAUUUAAAUAAUUUUUAACGAAAACUUUUAUUUUUUAGUAUUUUUUUAAAUAUAUUUUUUUAAUUAUUUUUUUUUAAAUAUAAUGAAAUAUUUAUUUAAAAAAAAACAAUUAAGUCUUUUGUAAAUAAUUAUUGGACAAAACAAUUAU